CCUGUUACAGGAAGCAAGAAAGUACACGCUCUGUCUUGCAUCUUUUUCUCCUCCUCUUCAAACCUGUAUUUCUUGUCUCACAUAGCUGAACUAAAGAGCCUCUAUAUCUCAGUCAAUCAUUGUUAGCUCGUGUGUGCAUUUGACCAUGGAGGACAGCACAGAAGAAGACAUCGACUCUCUGAUCGAGGGAAUGGCCUACAUCCCUGGCCACUUUCAUUUGGAGCUACAUCUGAACGGUGAUCCCAGUGGACCGGCUCUCCUUCGACAGCGAGACACCCAGCUCAAGAGCGAGAGCCUGAGGGCUGAGCUGGAAGCUGAGACAGGACGACUGCAGUAUGCCGUACGCAAUAUGCUGGGCCUGCUGGCCUUUCAUAUGGAUGAACUGGAGGUGGCAGAGGAGGCCUUUCGCACCAUCUGCCAGGAGGAUCCUGAAAACCUUAAUGCCUGGGCCAACAUGGGAUACGUUUAUGAACGCAUGGGACGUGAGCUGGAGGAGGGGGAGUGCAUGGAGCGUGUGGCUGCCCUCAUGGGCCCCGAGAUGGGAGAGAACCAGGCGGACUGCAGGCUUCGGGUGGCACGGUGUUUGGCCGAGCAGGCGUACGCCCAUCCUCAUGAUGUGGAGCUGGAGAGAGAUGAAGAUUCACGGGAGAGGUUGACAACUGCGCUGAUGUUAUACAACCGUGCACUUGAUUAUGGAGGGGAACAGAUACCAACAGAGGAAAAAAGAAGCUGGAACUUCAAAAUGGCAACAAUUUACAUAAGGUUAGAUGGUAUUGUGAGGGAUUCAAAAGACACUGAAGACACAAGAUUAAUCUAUUUCAACAAGGCCCUCAAGCUUCUCACAGAAACUAUCAAAUCUGACAAUACACAUCUCAAAGCCCUGGGCUGGUGCUACAUAGGUCUCAUGCUGGAACGAACGGAUUUCACCACAGUGCCAAUGUCAGUUCAUGACUGUGGUUUCUCUGGAUCGGACCCGCUUACAUGCUAUGGAUCGGCCAUUAAACUCGCUGCAGAAGAUGCAUUCAUACUCAACAGGCUAGGGAACGUGUUUUUCCUGUCCGGCAAACUGGACAUGGCCACAGGUAUCUGUAACAUGGCAUUGAGCAUCCUUCCGGAUGCUGAGCUCAACUGGCAAGCCUAUUGCACACGUGCCAAGCUUGGCGUCACAAUUUACGCAAAGGAUCUGGAUAAAGCCAAGUGUGGUCUAGGUGGUAUCCCCGACCGUAAGAUUCUUAAAGAAGCCCGUGUUGACCUGGAACGUGUUUUGGCUGUCCGACCCUGUUUAAGGACUCACCUGGAGAUGGGUCAGGUUUACUACUACAUGGGUGUGGACGCCCUGCAGGAGAGCCUAUUGGUUGAUGAGAUAGCAAUAAAUCACGCCCUGGUCAGUCUGGCAAAAGCAUUGCAGUGUCCAUUGGGCUCCACAAUCUCCAAACUACAACUCCUACGUGGUCGCUGCCUGUUGCUGAAAGGAGAGGAGAAGAAUGCCAUUGACUGUUUCAAAAAAGCGCUUGAACUGGAACACCCCAGUGUCCGAGAUAUGGAGGUCCUGCGCUGUCUCCUACAGGCAGUUCUCGUGAGCUUCACCCAAAGUGGAAGGGACACGGAUGAUGCUAUUGUCCAGUUUGAGGAAUGUUUAAAGCAGGCAGAGGAGCGAUAUGGGAGGAAUAUAGUCCAAACUGAGUUGAAGGCAUUGUGCCGAGCACACACAGAUGAGGUGACUGAGUUAUCAAGGGAUCUGGUGAGGAAGGGGAGGCUGGAGGUGGUUAAAAAGUUGCUGCAGUGCGUACAGCCACAAGGAAUAAAGUACACACUGGGCAGGUCCAUGUCAAUAUGAAAACGGUCUGUGGAGUAAUGAAAGACAACCAUAACAUGAUCAUGGUCUAAAUGGAGAAGGCAUUACUCUGAUGGGCAGUUGUGUUAUAUAUUGUAUGUUUGGAGUUGUGCACGUUACACUUUAAGAAUACUGUAGCUACUCAUUUCAAAAUUGAAAUAUUCAUUUUUGGUUGAUGUUAUACAGUCAACGAAUUGAAACAAUUACAUGUAUUAUAUUACUUUUGCUUAACUGUUGAACAAUCCACUUUGGAAUGUUGUCUUUGACAUCUUUUCCUCCAGCGCAUGCCACAAAGCUUGAACAGCCAGUUAUACAAGACUUGAGUGUUUUGAGCUGGAGAAAAAACUAGUAAAAAAGUAUUUUAUACAAACCCAUACCAAAAAAGU